AUGGACAGAACUCAGAAUAUAGAGCUCACGAAUCUAAACCAUAACAAUAAUAAUAAUAAUAAGUUUAGUUACACUAAUAAUGCCAUGUCUUCAGUGAACAGAAGUGAUUCAAAUCCGGAUGAAGUGGUGUUAAGAAGAAGUCGCAACUCAGACAUGACUGGCGAAGGCGUGACAUUCAAAAACACGGGUUUUGGUCACACAAACAAUGAUCUCAAGAUGGAUAACAUCGAGUUAGAAGCCGAGGAUUUUGACUCUUUAUUCAAUGGUCCGCGAAAAGACAGCGAAGAACUCAAAGCAUGGGAUCGUUUCAAAACACUUCCGCCGCCCGACGAGGACGAGACACUCGAUGGCGAAUGGGUUAUGGUAUUCAUAAAAUGGCUCAAACUAUUCGCCUAUUUCUUCACAUUUGUGGUCACUCUGGGAUGUGCUGUGCUCUCAAAAUCAUUGAUAUUUUUAAUGAUAUCGAUGACAAAAGUGGGCCUAAAAAUACCUCUUUGUAACGAUGACAUCUACGAAGUGGACAAACCCCUCGAGAGUGACAAGAGAUAUACCGUCAUAUAUCACGAAAAUGAUCCGGAAAGGGUGGCCUGGCUUUGGGUCCUAUUCUUUGCCGUAAUUACACCGGAAGUGUUUGCGUGGGGAAGAAGUGCCAGAAUUUGCUACUUUAAGACAUAUCAAGUGCCAUCUCUUCAGACGUUCCUUACGGUCUUUACAACCGAAACGCUAAAUGCAAUCGGCAUCUCAUUACUGGUCUUUUCAAUACUGCCGACCAUUGAUGUAAUUAAAGGCGUAAUGAUAACCAACGGCUUGUGUUUUAUACCCGGAAUAUUGCUUAUACUCUCCAAUACCGACAAGAAUUCAAAACUGAAUUUAUUGUUGACAUAUACGGCAACUGUCUUCCAGUUGUUGGGAUUCGUGUUGUGGCCACUCGUUGUCCAUCACGACGACAGUAACCAAUACUGGUAUAUACCGAUCGCUAUGAUCUGCGUAUCGUUCCAGUGGUGGGAGAACUUCAUUGACCCGCAAUCGGACAACGCGUUCAACAAAUGGCUGCUUAAAUCCAAAAACGAUUUGGUAAAAUCGAGGUACUUUACGUACUUCAUAAUCACUAUAUGGAAAAUCGUGGUCAUCCUAUCGUUCAUGAUUCUGCUUGAGUACGUCAACAACGGGUCCGACUCUGUGAAGAGUCUCUUCACCCGUUUCAGCGACGGUUUCAACAAUCAAGAUAUCAAAGUGUUUCGCGACAAAAGUCAGCUCGAGUUUCAACAGGCGAUUGAAGGCGAAUCGCUCACAAUGUCUGUCUCCGACCCAUACGUUGCCGUUUGGAUUCUGUUGAUACAAAUCGCGUUGACCUACACCUGCUAUGCUGUCGGCAAGUUUUCCUGUAAGAUAUGUAUUCAGGGCUUCAGUUUCGCCGUUCCCGUCAACCUAUCCGUCCCAAUGACCGUCUCAUUCCUCUGGGCUGUCAUCAGUGCCGCCGCUCAGGACAAGUGUGCCGUCAGUAACGGCUUUUUCAAUGGCUUUCAGUAUAUAUUCUGGUAUACGACAGAAGUGGACGCCUUUGCCUACGAGAAAGAGCUGUUCAAUUACGUGAGCACUAUUAUGUGGGUCCUGUCGUUGGCCUCACAGAUAUGGAUCUCAAUCCACAUCUGGUUCUCGACGAGCGAACGGUUGGCCUCAACGGAGAAGCUCUUCCUAAUACCGAUGUAUAGCUCAGUGAUUGUCGACCAGUCGUUGGCUAUGAAUAGACGGCGAAUUGAUAUCAUAGACAAAGUGGUGGUCGACGAAGAGGCGACGGAGGCUGAGAAGUUGGCCAAACCAUUGAUGGCCGACAAGACAAUGAACCACUUGUACGAGUCGGUGAACGAAGCGGUGCCCGCCGUUCCGUCCGUUCCCGAUAACGACGAGACGAUCCGGAUCUUUGUGUGCGCAACGAUGUGGCACGAAGACAGAAACGAGAUGGUCCAGAUGCUCAAAGCUGUCAUGCGAUUGGACGCCGACCAGUGCGCCCGACGACAGGCCCAUCAGUUCUUCAACAUUCAUCCAUCGCUUACCGAUUACUACGAAAUUGAGUUCAAUAUAUUCUUCGACGACGCGUUUGACCAAGGUCCCUCCGAUGAUGAAGAUGAUCGACUCGUUAAUAGAUUUGUGAAACAAUUGAUCGAUACGAUGGACGAGGCGGCCAGUAAUGUACACGAGACCGUAAUAGUGCUCAAACGACCCGAUGUCGUGCCCACGCCUUACGGCGGGAAACUUGAGUGGAUGCUUCCCGGGCAGAACAAACUCGUUGCCCAUCUCAAGGAUAAGAUCCUAAUCAGACAUCGAAAGCGGUGGUCACAGUGCAUGUAUAUGUAUUACCUGUUGGGACACAGAAUUGUCGAAAGACCUAUUGAUGAGGCGAGAAAAGAGACGAUUGCAAUGAAUACGUUUGUGUUGGCUCUGGACGGAGACAUUAACUUCCGUCCGCAUGCCUUACAUCUUGUCGUCGAUCUCAUGAAGAAGAACAAGAAGUUGGGCGCCGCGUGCGGACGCAUACACCCUAUCGGUGGCGGACCUAUGGUUUGGUACCAGAAGUUUGAGUACGCGAUCGGCCAUUGGCUGCAGAAGGCGACGGAACACGCGUUCGGUUGUGUUCUCUGUAGUCCCGGAUGUUUCUCACUGUUCAGAGCCCGGGCUGUAAUGGAUGACAGCGUAAUGAAUAAGUAUACGACUCCGCCGUCAGAGGCUUUACAUUAUGUUCAGUACGAUCAGGGAGAGGACAGAUGGCUUUGCACUCUUAUGUUACAACAGGGAUGGCGUAUUGAAUACUGUGCCGCAUCUGAUUCCUACACUCACGCGCCCGAAGCGUUUGGAGACUUUUACACACAGAGGCGUCGGUGGGCGCCCUCCACGAUGGCUAAUAUCAUGGAUUUAUUGGGCGAUUAUAAGCGUACGGUUGCCUGUAAUACAGACAUCUCUAAGCCGUACAUUAUAUACCAGGGCAUGUUAAUGGUGGGCACUAUACUAAGUCCGGCCACUAUAUUCUUGAUGAUUGUCGGAGCUAUGAAUACAGUGUUGGGACUCAAUAGUUGGGCGGCUCUCGGCUGUAAUAUAGCGCCAGUGCUUACCUUUUCCAUAGUGUGUAUGACUGUCAAGAAGAACGACCACAUUAUAUUCUAUGCCAUGAUUUUGAGUGUACUUUACGCGUUGCUAAUGUUGGCGGUGUUGGUGGGCACAGGCAUUGACAUAUUUACCAAGGGCAUUCUCACACCAAACUCUAUAUUCUUUGUGUCACUAAUGGGCAGUUUCGUAUUGGCCGCGUGUCUUCACCCGCAAGAGUUUGCGUGUGUUUUACCCCUUCCUCUUUAUAUGUUACUCAUUCCGAGUAUGUAUUUAUUGUUAACCAUAUAUUCGGUGACAAAUAUGCAUAUCGUUUCGUGGGGUACUCGAGAAGUCAAGUCCAAACUGACGGCCAAAGAGGCGGCGAUGGCUGCGGAGGCCGCCGCUGAAGAGGAGGCCGAGAAGGCCAAGAAGGGGAAUCUGUUUGGAAAGUUAGACUUCUCUAAACUCGGCAGUAAAGCGGGUCUCUUCACGUGUAUGUGCUGUUCGAGCAACAGAUCCGACGAGGAUUCGGCCAAAUUGUCGGAAAUACGCGAACAAUUGAAUCGCGUCAACGAUAACGUCGCGACAAUUAAACACAGCGUCGAAAUACCGGACAAUCAGAGCCGUAGGGGAACCGUUCAGUACAGACGCCAGUCAUCCAGCGCUAAGCACAGCGUCGGGGGAGAUGUGGGCGGACUCUCCACUAUUCACGGCGGACAGACUGAUGAGGAGGACGGAGACGACGACCGCAGCAGUGACUCCCAGUCGGCGUUCAUCGAAGAGAAACUCCGGUCGCCAUCUAUUGCCGACUCGAUGGUCGCUUCGAAGCCUCGCUGGUGUCGGGACCCGACGUUCAAGAAGUUCCCAUUGGUUCCGCUCAAAGAUAACGAGUUGCAGUUUUGGCAGGACUUUAUACCCAAAUAUUUGCUGCCAUUGGAUGAGAAUCCGAAGGAACAGAAGAGGAUUGCGGCCGAUCUGAUAGACUUGAGGAACAAAAUGGUGUUCGCAUUUGCUAUAAUGAACACAAUAUUCAUACUGUUUGUACUACUGCUGCAAAUGCACGGCGAUGUCUUCAACUUCGAGAUCGAGGCCGGAAUCGAUUACUGGAACAAAACCCGAUAUAUCGACGAAGAAGAGCGAUGGGAAAUGACACCAGUCUAUCGGUACAUGAAAAUGGAUCCGAUCGGCAUGUUUUUGGUGGUGUUCUUCGGCGCCAUUCUAGUCAUACAAAUGAUCGGUAUGUUUAUGCAUCGGUUCGGAACGUUAGCCCAUUUGCUGGCCUUCACGUCAAUCGACUUCUGCUCGAAGGAGGCCGACGACGACGACGAGGAGACCGCUCUUAACAAGAAUGCGGUCAAUAUUGUUAAGCAGUUUCAGAAAUUGAAAGGAAUGGAGGAAUACGACGACCCGAAUGCGGGUUCGGCGACAACUAAUUUGCCCGGCAAUCGAAAGUCAAUGUGGAAGAAAGAGCCGAAACCGGACGCCGAGCCCCUUAAUCUGGACGCCGCCUUCCGGCGCAGGAUUAUGAGCUUAAGGCCCGAUAGUAUUGAGGCCCCUAUGGGUGCGAAUGGGCCGCGAAAGUCAAUACUGAAAAGACAGUCAACAUUUCAGGCCAUCAGAAGACGUAGGGAUACAAUGAUUAACGACGAGAACCGGCGCUUAAGUCAAAUGAGUAUCGAUCCCAACGACUCGACCAUCGGCUCCAACCAAAGGCCAGUGUCGUGGCUAUUAAAUCCGCCGAAGACCUCGUUUGAUAUGCGCAACAGUCAAUUGAAUCAAAGUAACCGAUCGUCACAAUACAACCCCAACCGAUGAGCACUUAAUUCACACCACUUUUUAGAUUCAAUUGCAUUUUUAAAACACAAUAUUACUUAAGUUAUAGCAUAUUCACUAAU